AGCCGCGGGCUGUCUCUCCCCUGCCCCCGACGAGGCACGCAAGGCAGCCUGUGUCGCUCUGCGCCUAUUCAGCGCUCUUGGCACGGAGCGGGAAGUAACAGCCGAAAGGAAGCGCCAUGGUCCGGCCCUUAAACGUCAUAGCCGCCGUGUGCCAGAACAUGGGCAUCGGGAAGAACGGAGACCUCCCUUGGCCCCCACUCAGGAAUGAGUUUAAGUAUUUUCAGAGAAUGACCACGACAACCACUGUAGAAGGUAAACAGAAUGUGGUGAUAAUGGGUAAGAGGACCUGGUUCUCAAUUCCUGAGGAGAAUCGUCCCUUAAAAGACAGAAUUAAUAUAGUGCUUAGCAGAGAGCUCAGGGAACCCCCAAAAGGAGCACAUUAUCUUGCCAAAAGUCUGGAUGAUGCUUUAGUUCUUCUGGACUCACCAGAGUUAAAAAGUAAGAUAGACAUGGUUUGGAUCAUCGGAGGUAGUUCCAUUUAUAAGGCCGCAAUGGAGAAGCCAGUUCACCAGCGAUUGUUUGUGACAAGAAUUUUGCAUGAGUUUGAAAGUGACACAUUUUUUCCAGAAAUUGAUUUGGAGAAAUACAAACAGCUCCCAGAAUAUCCAGGAGUCCCUGCUGAUGUCCAGGAAGAGAAUGGCAUCCAGUACAAAUAUGAAGUGUAUGAAAAAACUGUUUAGACAUAGUUAAUGUGAGGUUUAUUGCACUAAUGCAUAGUGUCAACAUACAUUAAAAGUUUCAUUAUUUA